CUUGAUAUUCUGGAAAGUGAGGACUGUCUGUUUGUGUUAAAGAUGUGUUUAGAUGCUGGAUUUGCUCAUGUCAUGCACAAUAUGAUUCCCUUCUUUCAAGCUGAGGAACUAGAUUGAUUGACUGAACUUGAAAGGAGAAAAUUGAUUCCAACAUGCCUCAUCUGAAAGUGAAUGUGAACGGAAAGAAGUACACUAUUUCUGGUAUCACUCGUACAACAUGCAGCAAACAGAUCCUCUGCGCCUUGGCUAAAGUCGACGCAGAAUUACGAUCAAGACAAACGACUGAGCCAAAAGGCGACCCCCUCAUGAAUGCAUCGGGAGCUUGUGUAGAACAAAACAGGAGGGCUAAGAAAGUUCGCGAGACGAGAAAAGAAUUUAAGAGAGAAGAAAAGUGUACGAGGAGUAGGGAGACCGAGAAGAAGCAAAGAGAAGGAAGAAAACGUUCCAGUGGCAAAGUGCAUAUAACAAAACCAAUGGAACUAACAAACAAUGAAGGAAUUCAAACGUCUAGUGGAAUGUUCGAAGCAGUAGAGAAAAGCUCCGAGAAUCAGCAAAACUGUUCACCAUCGCUAAAUGAACGAGAGGGUGUGAAAGAAAAAGUCGUCGAGAGCAGUUUUCGAACGGUGGAAGACUUAGACCGGAAUAUCAAUGGACGAGACACAAGCUCUGUGGACAGCAAGGAAAAUAAUGUUGAGGAUAGCGCCAAAGACACUGAUCAUGACACGGGGAUAAGUGAGUUACAUUCAGACAGUUCAUUUGAACAAAACCAAAUCUUGCACCAAAAUUCCGGCGUAAAUGGAAGCUCAGCGAGGAGAACUUUAAACAGUACAUUACAAAUUAAAGUGAAAUGCGCCUCUACGAACACAGAUACCAUAGAAUUUGCUGAUUUGGCAUAUUCGUGCAUGCUCGAAAAUAGUAUAUCAAACUUAGAGGACGACGAGUACAUCGUUGCUGAACUGAUUGGCAGUGAGACCGACGUUGAAAUAUUCGACGAAUGCACAUGUACAUACAUUGACUCAGAGACUGAAGAACUUCAACAAGAGAUCGAAAAGAUUCGCGAUGAUUUAAAGUUAACAGAAUCAAAGCUUAUUGAGCAGGAGAAAACGAUUGAAACGCUGAAUGUCUUGAUAGACGACGACGACGAUGAUGAAUAUUGCGCCAACUGUGACGUCAACGAUGACGUAAAUAAGCGAAUUGACGAACUUAAACAGUCAAUCAAAUUAAGUACUCAGUUGUAUGAUUAUCAGAAGGUCGAGACGCAAGCAAAUGCGUUGGAACUAGAGAAAGUUGAAUCACAAAUAAGGAGAAAACGAUGGCACGUAGAGUGUCUGUUGAAAGAGCUCUAUAUGGCUCGGAAUAGCCCACUUACUGGGAAUGGACAAGGGAAAUCUGCUCCCUUCCCGAGAGACGGUACCCUGGUCUAACAAAAUCAUUUGACAUAAGGUUGUUAUUUUCAUAUUUACUUCGUUCUAUUUGGAAACUUUGUUUUUGACUGGAAAUAUCGAAGUUUCUCCGUGAUUCCCAUGUGUUAGUUAGUAAUGUAUCUAUCGGGAUCCUCAUGAUUGAUAAUUUGUCAAUUUUUAAAUAAAGAUGGCUAAAUAAAAGUUGAAA